AUGGACUACUUUAACGAGAUCGCUAACGUUGGAGUCUAUUCAAGGAAGCGCCCGCUGGGUGUCCUCGACCUGAAUGUGAUGAUGGAGAUAAACCCCGGAAGCAAGUGGGCAGAGGAUGAGCUCUUCGCCGCCCGCGUGGUGAUUCGCACCGCCCGGUCCGAUCGCCAGUUUGGCCACAUCCUACCCAUCCUCCGGAGGCAUUCUACCCUCGUGUUGGCCGCACGCGAGCAACCAGGUAUACAGGCGCUCUUGAAAGUGCCUGACCUGCUGGACCGGCAUCGGGAAAUGAAUGAGAUCCAAUUUGGACAUUGCUAUGGCACAAGCCUGGGAUCAUUUUGGGACGCUCUCGCUAAGUUUGGUGAUGUUGAAGAUACCGACGUCGACGUUGACAUCAAUGACGGCGGCGACGACGACAACCGCAACGCGAAGGGUGAGGACAACGGCGAGGACGACGGCGAGGACGACAGGGAGGACGACAGGGAGGAAAACGAAGAGGACGAUUGGGAGGAUAACGGCGAGGACGACAGAGAGGACAACGGCGAGGAUAACGAAGAGGACGAUGGGGAGGAUCACGGAGAAGACCAUGAUGUGGACUGCGGCGACGGCGAAUAUAUGGAUAAGAGGGUUGGCAAACCCAAAAAGCGCUCCUACAGCCCGAGUUCCGAUGAAUCCGCGACCGCUUUGCCCGCUCGGAGCAAGCGAGUCCGAACGGUGCGCAUUCGACAAGGAUUCGUGGACAUCACUCAAACGAAAAUCGAGUCGAGCUCGCCGCAACGCUCCUCGCAGGAGACAUGUCACGGUUCGGAUCCGACGUUUGUCGGCAAAUCCCACGCCUUAACUGACGUUCCGGAAGAAGCAACUGUCGAGAUUGCCUCGGCGUUCAUUCGCCAUGUGCUCCAAGCUUGCCCGCCCCAGCACGACACACUGAACCACAACCCCCCGUACAUGGUCCUAUUCUCACGAGUGUCUCGUCAGUUCACGGGCAAAACUGCUGCGAAAGAACUGAUCAAAGCUACGGCGGACGGAGAGCUACAACUGCAUCGACUUGAUAACAGAAAUUGUUAUCGUCCCACUGGCCACCGACCCGCCCUCCUUGAAGCGAAGAAGCGGUUCGCAAUUAUCAAAGACGGGCAGCCAUUUCUGACGAACGAGCUUCUUGGCCAAAUGACCUGCGAGGCACUUGCGCUGUGUCUCCAGCGGACGAAGGAGACCGGCCAAGCAGAAGAAAACAUCUUCAUCAUUGCGGCUGUGCGGCGAUACAUGCGCUUCCUGCAGUUUACAAUCCCCAAAUCGUAUAUCAACGCCCUGACGACCCAGACAGAGCCCGAAAUGCUUACCGACUUUGUAAACGUCUGGGCGACACCGUGGUUUGAUCUCGAGGGCCCGGGCGGGCGUCGUGGCGCAGUCGACAACAUCGUCGCCUUGGUCAGCCGGCAGUCUCACGUGGAGCAUGCGUAA